AUGGCCACCAUGGGAUCAGACGUGCGUGACCUCAACACCCUGCUGCCUCCUCCGCCGCCGCCUCCCAUGCCUGCUCUGUCCUCGGCCAACGGGACCACCUGUGCCCCCUUACCGGUCAGCAGCACCCCUCAAUGGGCCCCGGUGCUAGACUUCCACCCGGCGGCCGGAGGCCCCUACAGCUCCCUGCCCUCGCACUCCUUCAUCAAGGAGGAGCCCAGCUGGAGUGCGGCGGCCGACCCGCAUGAGGACCCCUACUGCGGGAUCAGCGCCUUCACCGUUCACUUUUCGGGACAGUUCACCGGCACUGGGGCCUGCCGCUACGGAGCCUUCGGGGCCCCGCCGCCGCCGCCCACACAGCCCACGGCCACUCAGCCCAGGAUGUUCAGCAACACGCCCUACCUGUCCAACUGCAUGGAUGCCCAGCCUGCCUCCAGGAAUCAGGGGCUGAUUGAGAUGACUGUUCCCCACACAGGUUAUGCGUUCGAUGGAGCCACCAACUACGGACACACUCCAACACACCACCCAUCACAGUUUGCCAACCACACCUUCAAGCAUGAGGACUCCAUUGCACAGCCAACCAACAUGGGUGAACAGCAGUAUCCUGUUCCUCCCCCAGUGUAUGGUUGUCACACACCUUCAGACAGUUGUGGGGGCAGUCAAGCACUGCUCUUGAGGAACCCUUACAACAGCAGCGAUAAUUUAUACCAAAUGGCAUCUCAGCUGGAAUGCAUGGGAUGGAACCCUGUUAACACGCUGGCUUCUACCAUUAAGAGCCACGCAGCGGGUUACGAGAGCGACCCGAGCACGCCCAUGGUGUACAGCUGCAGCACGCAGUACCGCUUCCACACGCACGGCGUCUUCCGAGGCCUCCAGGAUGUCCGCAGAGUGCCUGGCAUCACCCCGGCCAUUGUACGCUCAUCAGAGACCAACGAGAAGAGGCCAUUCAUGUGCGCCUACCCCGGCUGUAACAAGCGCUACUUCAAACUCUCCCACCUUCAGAUGCACAGCCGCAAGCACACAGGCGAAAAACCCUACCAGUGUGACUUCACAGACUGCGGAAGGAGGUUCUCCAGGUCAGACCAGCUGAAGAGACACCAGCGAAGGCACACAGGAGUUAAACCGUUCCAGUGCGAGACGUGUCAGAGAAAGUUUUCACGGUCUGACCAUCUUAAGACCCACACCCGGACUCAUACAGGUAAAACAAGUGAGAAACCUUUCAACUGUAGGUGGCCCAAUUGCCAGAAGAAAUUUGCCCGGUCUGACGAGCUCGUCCGGCACCACAAUAUGCAUCAGAGGAACCUGACCAAACUGCAGCUGGCCAUCUGAGGCUCGCCUCUGAGCUAAUGCCUGCUGCAAGCUCCAGUCGAGCUGCCCACAGACCUGGCAAGACAGGGCCUCUAUCUCCACAGGACCAAAGCAGGAGAGUCAGCCAGCAGCCCCUCACCUGCAUGUAUAGCGCCCCCUGGAGCUCAUGAGCAAGCUCAGAAGCUUCUAGCACUAUAGCGUCAGACAAGAGGGCGGCCAUUUUGAAAAUGAGGAAACUCCAUUAGCAUCUUUGAGUUGUUGUUACUCUUUAGAUGUGAAUUUUCAUUUUCAGUGUAAUUUAUUAUUAUUUUUUUAUCAACAAAAGUUUUUAGAAGGAAUUUCUCGCUCUAUUUUAGUUGUCAGGCGUGUUAUUUUUCAAGGCUCCAUUUGUUGUCACUCAGAUUUGAAAAGUUCACAGUACAGCUCUUAUUUGUGUUAGAACCAUAAGACUUUCUUUACUGAAGCUCUUCUCUGGUGUUUGUAAAUAUGCUCUGAUAUUAAAUUAUGAUUUGGUCGCACUGGCUUUGUGAUCCAAUGGCUGUGAUAUCUGAAGUUGUACAUAAUAGUGGCGUUUCACAGAUUAAGGGGAAAACAGACAUGUGAUUAUUGGAAAUAUGAUUCUAAUACUUGUAAAAAGUAUUUUGAAGGGUCCAGGAAAUACCGUAAAAGGUAUAUUUCAUAACUGUAUAAUUUAAGCAUUCUUGUUAUUAUGGUCAUUCAUAUUUUGUCUUUGGGAAGCACAUAUCAGUGCUGCCUUUUUUAUUAUUACAACCUUCCUUUUUUGCUUUUAAGGUAUAUGACAACCGUGUUAUUGGUUUCCCUCCACUGAGCUUUGAAUUAAAGACUUGUUGAAGUUGAA